AUGUCGACCACGGGCAAGGUCACGGACUGGGUGGACCCGGCGGACAAGAGCGGCGAGUUCAAGAGGCAGGUCAGCUCGUUCCGCGACUGCAUCUCCAGCGAGCCGGGGGCCAAGUUCCCGGCCGAGAAGGGAAGGUACCACCUGUACAUCAGCUAUGCCUGUCCUUGGGCGACCCGGGCGAUCAUCGCGAGGAAGCUCAAGGGGCUGGAGGACUUCCUCACUGUGUCCUCGGUGCACUGGCACCUCGGGGAGAAUGGAUGGCGCUUCGCGACCGCCGACGACAAGGACGCCGAGGGCGAGAACGUGGUCCCGGACCCGCUGCACGAGGACUUCACCCACCUGCGGCAGAUCUACUUCGAGUCGGACUCGGACUACUCGGGCCGUUUCACGGUGCCCGUCCUCUACGACAAGGUGCAGAAACGCAUCGUGAACAACGAGAGCAGCGAGAUCUUGCGCAUGUUCGGCACCGUCUUCGACGAUCAUCUCGAUGAGCAGCACCGCGGCGUGGUGCUGUACCCAGCGGCCUUGCAGAAGCAGAUCGACGAGGCCAACGAGUGGCACUACGACCUGAUCAACAACGGCGUGUACAAGUCCGGGUUCGCCACCACCCAGGAGGCCUACGAGCGCAACGUCCACGCCCUGUUCGGCGCCCUCGACAAAGCUGAGGCGCACCUUGCCGCGGGCGAAGGGCCUUACUACUUCGGCAAGGAGCUGACUGAGACCGAUGUCAGGCUAUUUGUCACUAUUAUUAGGUUCGAUCCCGUCUACGUGCAACACUUCAAGUGCAACAUCAAGGACAUCCGGUCGGGCUACCCGCACCUGCAUUCGUGGAUGCGCAACCUGUACUGGAACCAUCCGGCCUUCAAGGACACGACCAACUUCCUGCACAUCAAGAACCACUACACCCGCUCGCACAAGCAGAUCAACCCCUUCUCCAUCACCCCGGUCGGCCCCCUUCCGGAUAUCCUGCCGCUGGGCGAGGAGGUGCCCGCCCUCAAGCAGGCUGGGAAGUUGUGA